GCACCGCGGUUUCCGUCUCCUUCCAGCUGUGAGUUUCGAGGCUUCGGACGAAAACACUCGGUCUAAAAAUGUCUUUGUUUUAACGGCUGGCGGCUACAAACGGAUCGGAGCAGCGGGGCCGGUAACGGGGCCGAUAACCGGGUAACGGGGCUGACGGCGGAUGCCUCUCACGGCACGAAGCUCUGCCCGGAGGAAGAGAAAAACCCCGGAUGAAAAGCUCCCGGAGAGACCCGAAGAGUCCACUUCUACUCAGGUGAUGGCGCCCACGCGGAUGAAGCUGCGCGUGCGUCGCCGUGACGCCGCCGCCGCUGCCAACGGAGGAGGCGGUCCACCAGAGGAAGAGGAGGAGAGGAAUCAAGACAGUCAGAGGAAGAGCGGCAGCAGAACGUCGGCCGCCGCCUCCUCCUCCGCCUCGGCGUCAGCGCGGGCCGUGAUGGCGGCGGAGGAGGCGUCGCCCGACUCCAAGUGCCCCAUCUGCCUGGACCGCUUCAACAACCUGGCCUACCUGGACCGCUGCCUGCACCGCUUCUGCUUCCCCUGCAUCCAGGAGUGGUCCCACAACAAGGCCGAGUGUCCUCUGUGCAAGCAGCCCUUCGCCUCCAUCCUGCACUCGGUCCGGGCCGAGGACGACUUCAAGGAGUACACGCUGAGGCCGGCGCCCGGCAACAGCAGCGUGGCCGCCACAGUCGCCAUGGUAGCGGCCAUGGCUUCGGCGGCGAGGAGCGACCACCAGAUGAGGCUGAUGCUGAGGAGACACAGGGUGGCGGACGGGGAGACGGCGACUAACACCAGGAGGAGGAGGAGGGAGCGGGGAGGGCAAGCAGAGGAGAGGGCCGGGGUGUGGGAGUGGUACCUGGAUUCUCCUCCCCUUCCUCCGCUUCCUCACCCGCCCGUGGAGGACGGCGAGGAGCAUCGGAGACUGCGGGGAGAUGCUGAUGUGGCAGAGAGGGGGGUGGUGUUUGAGGCCCACGUGGCGCCCAACGACCGGCCGGCGCGGCGCCUGAUGAUGCGUUUGGCGGCGAGGCAGCGGCGGCAGAGAGAAGGCGGGGUGGUGCGGCAUCUGAGGGAGCGGGAGACGGUGGCGUUUCGGCGCGCCCUCUACCGAUGUGGCGUCCGGGUCCGUGGUGUCGCCGGGACAACCGGUAACCAGCAGCAACGUGACAUCACGGCAGAUGGCUUUCGCCGGAGCCCCUCACACUUAAACAGGCUCCGCCCCUGGCUGCGCCGGGAGCUCACGGUGCUCUACGGCGUGCACGGCUCGCUGGUCGACAUCGUGCAGCGCAUCAUCACGUCACGGCUGGCGCGCUACGGCCUGGAGGAACCCACUACCAUAGAAGAAGAGCUGCGGCCCUUCCUGUUGGCGAGGACCGAACAUUUCGUUCACGAACUGGUCAGCUUCGCCCGCUCGCCACUUGCCAUGGACGCCUACGACCUGCACGCCGUGUACGAGCCGCCGCCCACAGCCGCCGCCAUGGAGCUGGACGGGGCGAGCAGCUCCUCGGAGAGUAGCUCCGUCAUCGCCAUAUCGGAGGGAGAGGAGGAGGAGGUGAGGGCGGAGGCCGGAGGAGCUGAGGUCGGACUGCUGGGAGGGGCCGGGGGAGCUGAUGAUGUCAUCCAAAUGGGAAGCAGUCUGAGUUUGGCGAGCUGGGACGACGAGACGCCAGGCCCCUCCUACUCCACUGCUGAACCGUCCAACUCACUGUUGUUAAGCCCCGCCCCACCGGAGACGGCCAAUGAGGAGGAGGCGGAGGACGAGGGAGAGGAAUGUCUGAUCGUCGGGUACAAGAAGCCGAUCGCUGAGCGGACCCCCGAGUUGGUGCAGCUCUCCUCCGACACAGAGGAAGAGGAGGAAGAGAAGACACAUGAGAAGCCCCUCCCUGUCUCACCCGCAGGCCCCGCCCCUUCCCACCUGCCCACUGCCCCCCCCUCCACCUCAGGGGCCAGCAGAGCGGAGCAGGACGACGGGCCCAAGGACAAGGAUGGCGAGGGGUGGUCGCGGAGCUCCAGUCGGAGCGGGAACUCUGUGAGCGUGCUCAGUCCGGCGGCGCCCGGCGAGGAGGUGGCGAAGGAAGAGAAGAGGAGGAGGAGGAGGAAGAAGAAGAGGAGGGGGCAGGAGAGGAAGAGCGGCACCCUGUACAACCCCAACCGCUCCAUCUACCCCGCCAUGAUGCACCGCCGCCGCUCCCACUCCCCCUCGCCGUUCCACUCCAGCACCGACUCCAGAUCUCCCGACUACAGCUGGGACUACCCCUGCUCCCAGAUCUCCCCUUUUACCACCUCCUCCUCAUCCUCCUCGUCCUCCUCCUGCUCCUCAUCCUCCUCCCCCCUCUGCUCCUCCUCCCCACCGCCACCCACGCCCUCGCCCUCCCCCAGCGAUCGCAGCAUCGGAGAAAAACCGGGCGGGAAGAGGAAGUACAAGAGCCGCCACCUGGACAAUGACGUCAAGGACCCGACCUGGAGGCCGAGCAGCAGCCAGGACCGAGAGAGGAGGAGGAGGAGGCGGAGGAGGAGGAAAGGGAGGGAAGAAGGAGGGGGGAGGAAGGAGAGACGGAGGAGGGACGAUCGCAGGGAGAGGGCGAGGCGGAGUCCCAGCGUGGAGAUCGUUUACGAGGGCACCACCGACGCCACGCAGCCCCCCGCCCACAAACGCCGCCGGAAACGCCGCCGCAGGGUGCAGCACAGCAGUCCUCCAGUCAUCAUCACCCUGGACAGCGAUGGCAGCGAUGAGGACGUGAAGCUGAGUGCGAGCAGCAGUCCUCUGAGCAGCCAGCAGACCGUGGACUUCUCCGACCUCCCGCCGCUGCACUCGGCCCGACUCGCCGCUGCAAUGGACGCCGACAUCGGGGAGCUUCCCGUGGACAUCCUGGACCGAAGGUCGGACGGGUCGGAGGCGGAGGCGGAGGCGGAUGCGACGGAGGAGGAGGCAGCAGAGGUGGACGUGACACAGGUGGAGACGGUCCCAAACGUGGGCGCAGUGUCUUCGGACAGACGUGGACCAGCGGGGACACGUGAUGACCUGAGAGACGGGAACAGCGACCGCCUCCUCCUGGCCUCCAUCCUCAGCGACCUGAAGGACAUCUCUGUCCCCAGACACCUGACUCCUAGUCGGGGACGCCAGGACAACUGGUUGACACUGUCCAACGAGGACAGAGACCGAAGCCCAAAGACGGGUCCUUGCUCCUCUCCCUCUCCGUCCGUUCUGGGUGGACAGGACGUGGACAGGGACAGGGACGUCCCUCCUCUCUUGAGACAGGCCAGUCCUGUGACGUCCUAUGACAGAAACACACCACCGCCAUUAAAACACAAAGAUGCUGGGAGUCCUCAGCCGUCCCCCGUCUCCCCCCGCUCCGUCAGCAACUCCUGGUUGGAGGACGCCGUCCCUCCUCCCGUCCCAACGCUGAGGACACCUGGUCCCCUCCUGCACCCGGACUUGAACUCUUUCCAUUCCAGUCCCGGCGUCUCGGUGGAUUCCCCUUCAGGUCAGAGGUCACCACCUGCUGACCCCCCCCCAGCGGAGACGCCCCCCCACACCUGCUCUACCUCCAGAGGUCAGGGAGUCACCUCUACAGACUCCCCCCCCUCCCCCCCGCACGGGGAGGAGAGAACUAGCACGACGCUAACGGCAGCUCCUAGCGGGAGAUCCUCGCCCGCAGAAAUGCAUCCUGGGAAAUCUUCUGUUGAGCUCCACCCCCCCAGAGUAGCUUCAGGGGGACAGACAGACAGAAGGACGCUGCCAGGAUGGGACAGACACUUCAACCACUGUGACCCCGACUCCCCCCCCACCCUCACAGGAACCCCCCCAUUACCCUCCCAUCUCACCCCGAGUCUGUCGACCGCGGCGCCGACUCAGACGCACUCUCAACACGUCUGAACCGCCGCGUCUCAGACGUCUGGACCGGGACGUCUCAGGCGUCUGGUUUUAAUUUGAUUCUCAGAAGAAGGGAGAAGAUUCAGGAGCAGGAACAAAGUUAGUGGGUUUUUUCCAUUUGAUAAUUAGUGACGAGGAGACGCACGGGGAAUGAAACUGAAAUGAAUCGUGAUGGAAUCAGAGGAGCUGGAGGCUGUGUCUGUUUACAUCUCAAUAAAGCUUUGUUCAAACACUGA